GAUAAACACUAAACAGUAAACAAAACAGAAACAGCUGCCGGAGGCCGUCGGGGGCUCGGGGCGCGUCUGCAGAAUCUUAACAAUACUGUUUCUUAAUUUUCGUCUCAAAAUUAUGCAUCCUUACGAGAAAAAUAAUUAUGAGCGUAGAAUUAUAGGACAUCACUUAGGUCAGAUUAGGCCAUAAUAGCUCCUUUGUAGUCACGAUUGUGUGUGUGUAUGUGUGUCAACUGGCUGUUGCCUGCAGUAGGCUGAGUAGAGGGAGGAGAGGAAGGUGGCUGUGGCACUGCCGAUAGAGGUAAUUUGUGUUUGGUGAGGACACAAAUGUUUGAAUGAGGCAGACUGACCACUCCACUGCACCAUGGAAACCAAAGCCAGUGAAGACAAAACAAUAGGAUCUAAGCAGCAGGUGAAGGAUCUGCUGACUCAUAUGGACCCCAUGAUAUACCUUGCAGGUACUGCUGACAAUACCUCUGAAAUGCUGAUGUACUUAGCAGACAUGGAUCCAUCCUUUCACAAGUUACACCUGGUCAAAAGCUUAAGGAUGGGGAUGCGAGAAAGUUUAACCAUUACUAUUGAAGAACAUGUAUCCCAUUAUCUUCAAGAACAAAAAGGAAAGAUGUAUGCUGAAAAUCCAGUUGAUUUCUUAGUAGAUAAAAUUCUUGGUGAUUCUAGAUAUGCAGACUUUGUCAGAGAUUCCAAGUUAAGCCUUGAGAACUCCAUUCAUAACAUUUCUGAAAAUUUUGAUGAUGAGAUUGUAACUGGAAUGUUUGGUAAUGAUGAUGAUGAUCCCACAUAUAGUGUUAGUCCGAAUGAGUCCAAUGAAUCCUCUCUAAAUUCCUCCCUCAAUCAGUCUGGGCUUAUGUUCCUGCACCCAGCUCAGUAUGACAAUAUAGCAGAAAGCCUGACGGGCAAGAGAGAAUAUGAGUCACGAAAUGAUUCAUUGAACAUCCUUAUUUCAGUAAGCCCUGGGGAACCAGUGAUGCAGGAUGGCUGGCCUGACAUUCGUAAGGGAUUAAGGGACUGUCUUUUUGAAGAAUGUGAUGAAAUAUUUGACAAGUCCUUGAAAGUUCAUUGCCGGCUGCUCACCUCCCAGGUGCACAAUGCUGUUAAGGAAGCAUAUUUGAACCUUCUAGAUGCUGUAGCAGGAUUUUAUUUUUCCAAGCAGCAUGUUGCUAAGAUUCCUGUCAGAGGAGAAAAGAUUCAUUUGAAGACCUCUGGAAAUUUUAUAAGAAUCCUUAAAAUAUUGAUUGAAUUUCAAAAUGAAUUACCUCUCAUUUGGAUUAGAUAUCCUGAGAGAUAUGUUGAUGACAUGGUAGAAGCCACAAUAAGACUCUUGGCACUGCAGCCUCCAUGUCGGGAUCUGCAGCUGAUGACAGUGCUGGACAUGUACAGUGUGGUGGAUCCUGAUGCCUCGUGGCUGAAAAGGUGGCUGCACGGGCAAUGGGGCAGGACUAAGACCUUUGCUGUCAUGAAGAGCAACUCAGUGGUGCUCCUGAACUCUGUGUCUCUCUCCAUCAAGUACUUGGAGAGCUGCAUUUUUAUCCCACAUUCAGAAGCAAGUGAAGAAUUUCUAAGUGCAGGCUUUGUUGCAUACUUGCAGUUUAUCCACAGUACCAAUCUUAUUUUGACUGUCUUGAGUUUUCUAGAUGGAAGGAAGCUUUUCCCAGUUAAUGUUCCUUAUAAGGAUGAACUGGUGACUGUUCAGGGGAUACUCCAGACACUGGUUAAAGCAAUAAAUAACAAUAUAUCUAAACUACUAACUUCAAAAAUUUGUGAUAUGCUGUGCAGGUUUUGCUGUAUGGAUGAAGCAAGAUGUUCAGUUGUUUGUGAUGCUGGUAUUGUAGAAACACUACUACAGGGAGUAAGUAGACUUGAAGAAGGGCAAGCAAAAGAAGAAGACUCAGAGUUGAAAGUUUUUUGCUCUUACAUCAGAGCCGUGUUGCUCCUACUUGAUGCUAUUACUUCAACACAUUUGGGUCAGAGGUACAUACUUUUGGGAAGGAAGAGAAAACCAAGCUCAAAGUCUGGAUUGUCUGGGAUUUCAAGUAAUCUGGCCAGUGAGGUGCUGGACCUGAUCCUGUUGUUGAUGAAAAGCAAGUGUGCUGGCUCUGAUCUAAAGCGACUCUGCAUAAGUAUCUGCAGCAGCCUUCUUGCCUCCCCAAUUGGUAUUCAUGUGUGCAUUGAUCAUCCUUUCAUGGAGGGUUUCCUUGGACAUCUUAAAGAAAGAAGUCGAGCAGGAUCACAUGCAAGGAUUUCACAAGGAGACGGUUGCAGAACCUGUGAGCCACUUGUCCUCAGUGUGCCUCAGUCACUCCCUCUGCUCACCACACUGCUGGUCUCCUUUAGGGGAGUGUUCCUGCUGGAGGGAGAAGGGGUGCUACCCCUUGCUUUGAGUCGGGUAAUGCCAGAGCGAGUGAGGAAGGGUGGCCUUACCUCAAGGAUUCUUGCACAUAUCUGUUCAUCCCAACAAGGUUGUUCUCUGCUGGGUAGCCUGAAUAUUGUUCGCCCACUGUGGGAUAUCUUGAGCCAGGUGGUGAGAGGGGAGGAGCAAGCUCAGGGCCGGCCACUCUUGCAAGAUGAGAGGGAGGAGGCCAUGGGGGAGGCAGUUGCCCCACUGCUGACACUCCUGGCCACAUUCCAAGGCACUCGUCUGGUCUUUAGCCGAGAGGGUCUGCAGGAGCCACUUUAUGAGGCACUCUUCUCUCCUGGUGAGCUUCAGUCUGAACUUCACACCAUCAUCCAGCAACUUCUGGUCUCUGCUACAGCUGUCCCAGAUGCUGUGGCAUUCCUCCAAGCUUCCAUGGGAUAUCAGGAACAACUUCUUGCACAACAAAAGCAAAUGAGGAUUGGAGAAGGCGAUGCUAUUUCUGUAGAUGAAAACUCCAUCCUUCGCAACCACAUUCUGGUGAAGUCAUAUUUACUUGGUGGCAGUGGUGAGAAGUUGCUGCCACCACACACCUUAGACAACAUCACUCCCUCCAACACACCUGUACUCUUCAGUCAGUAUCCUCCCCCAAGAGAUUACAUUCCUGAGAAGCCCAUCCGCUCCAUGCAUAAGAAGCAAAAUGAAGUGUGGCGCUUCCUAUCAGACACACGCCACGGCCUGCAUGAUGUGGGUUGGUUAAGUCACUGCCGCAAAGCUGUCUGCUCUGUCUUGAAAUCUGGAGAAGAAAUUAAGAGUUGGCUUGUCAUGGACCUCAUAGAUCGAACAGUUCGUGCUCUCCUUUCAUGCCCUGAGGAACUUCUGCCUGGGUUCCAAGUCCCUCAGCCUCCCUCCCCAGGAGCUGCCUUAGGUCUUGCCUCUCCUACUGUUCCCUCUAAGGGAUGGAGCUUUUCCUCAGGAUCAUCAUCAUCACCAGUUGGCAGUGAGAGUCUUCAGAGCCUCUACAGGAGCAAAAGUUCUGACUUGCAAGAACUUCCAGAGUAUCAUUGUCUUGCUUCUGAACUUGUCUUACGGUAUGGAAGUGAACUGCAGCUCCUUAUUGCCAGUGGAAGCAUCAGAGAGAACCUGAUGGAUGUGCUCAAGUACACACAAACCAGUGUUCUUCAUGGCCCAUGUGACAAGUGUGACUGGUUCACACAGGCACUCUUCCUUGUGUAUGGAGGCAGCUUUGAUAGGUGUGUUGCUGCCCUCACCAGCCUGGGAGGGUUGGUGGCUGGAGCUGUGCUGUGGCCAGCCCUUGCAGACUCCCUCUCACACACCUACAAGAUACUUCCUGGAGAGAUGGUCCUUGCUGGCAUCAUUCAUAAUGUUCAGCUCAUUGUCAGCAUAGAAAUUCCAACACUAUACAUGGCCUUAGAGGCCAAUGACAUGUGUCUGUGGAGUGUCCUUGGGGAGUGGGUGCGGUGUGUGUUUUUGGGUGUGCUGCCAUGGUCUGAGGUGUGCCAUUACCUGGUACUGGUGCUACUGCUUGGCCCAGAUUAUACCAUUUACUUCCUGGUAGCACUGGUCAAACACUUACAGGACACCAUUAUUAAGCAAGCUAGUAGCAAUAAAGCACUGGUUCUCUUACAGACAAGUGUGAUCAAUGGAUGGCGUGCUGGUGAACAACUGGGCUUCAUGGAAGCACUAUGCCGCCGCCACCGCCGCACUGUGCUGCCUGCUCUCGUUAAGCCCUUGAACCUGUAGCAGCACCACCACCCUUAGGCACCUCUAGUGCUAGUGUGGCAACACAUUACAUUAUGCCAAAGCACAAAGAAGACAGUCAUUAAGGUAAUAUGUGAUGAGGCUUAGUGAGCUCCCAGGAUGUUUGUGCACACUCUACAAAUGUUAGGCUCAGAUAGGCUUUUAGUUUCAUAUUCCCAAAUGUUUUGUUUCAUCAUUUGUCUUUUUAGAGGCCACAUAGAUGAUGAGUUAUGUUUUCAUAGUGUUUCCUCAUUGUUUUAGCAGAAUCCUUGUUAAAUUAUCAGUGAUAUUAUGAAAACACUCCUAGAAACCUCAAAAACAGCUUCUUAAAAGUAAGAGAUGAGAUUAUGAAAUAUCUGAGAAUACUGUCUUUAAUAUUCUGAGUCAUAAUGAAGAUUAUGAAAUUUUAUUGAUGAGACAUAUUUUCUCUACUGUAUAUGUGUAGGAAGUGCCUGUCCCUUAUUCCAUUCCACCCAAUCCAUCCACUUGUUCCUUAUUUUGAUUCUAUACAUUCCGUCCAGUCAUAGUGAUAGGUGUAGAAGGAAGGUGCUCCAGUAGCUGUACAUCUGUCUAUCUGUAUGCCAGGUGUAGACAAGGUGUAGAUACACUCACACACAUCAUUUACACUCCUAGCCACAUCGACCGUCAAGUGGAAAAGGAUAGUUUUGUGGCCCACUAUACUACACCCCACAUAAUACUACAUCCUGUUGUGAUAUAUGAUAAAAAAAAAAAAAAAAAAAGUUCUGAGUGUCAGGAUUGAGGAUAUCUAUAAAACUCUUGCUGGUGAUAAAGUGGAUAUUGAAUCACUCCAGUAAUUAUAAAGAAAAAUAGUUAUAUAUAUAUAUAUAUAUAUAUAUAUAUAUAUAUAUAUAUAUAUAUAUAUAUAUAUAUAUAUAUAUAUAUAUUUUCUCAUGACUAAUGAUUUACCUUACAAGUAGGUUUUACUAGUCACCAUUAAUAAGAUCUAGUCAUCAUAAUUCUAGUCACAUCACAGAAAUAAAGUCAUGUUUUGAUA